UUCAUUUGUAUGAUGGUUUGCUUUAUGGAUGAUGAAAGAGAUGGCUUCUUUCAUUUGUAUGUGGAUAGCUUCUUUCAUUUUAAUGUCAAAUAUUGCUUCGUGGUUUGCUUUACUGUUGUGGAUGGCUUCUUUCAUUUGUAGUUAUGGAUCCCCAACGGCGUCGGUUGGUGGUAAUAUUAUGUGCUGCAUAUACAACGUGUUGCAUUGCAUAUUGGUAUAUCACUACCCAAAUGAGGAGGGGGCGUGUUCAUACUUCAAUUUUUACUGGGGCCAAUUAUGUCCAAUACUUGCUGUCAGGACACCCUCGUAAGUGCUUCGACAGGUUACGCAUGGAGAAAAGUGCUUUUAUCAGUUUAUGUAAUUUGUUAAAGGAGAGGACAAACAUUAUAGAUACAAUAUAUUUGGCAAUUGAUGAACAAGUAGCCAUAUUUUUAAGCACUAUCACACACGAUCAGCGGAAUAGAGUGGUCCAGGAACGGUUCCAACAUUCAAGGCAAACCAUAAGUUGCUUCUUCAAUAGAGUUUUAAAAGCGAUCUUAGAAUUGGAAUCCUUGUUCCUGCAACCACCAAGCAAUGAAACACCUGCCCACAUUGCUGGUGAUACACUACGCUUUUACCCAUAUUUCAAGGAUUGUGUCGGAGCUAUUGAUGGGAUAUUGAUGGGAUUCAUAUCCCUGCUCGAGUUCGUACUCGAUUGCAUAAUCGUUUCCGAAACAAAAAAGGUUUUCUAAGCCAGAAUGUUAUGGCUGCGGUUGGUUUCAACGUGCGCUUCCAUUAUGUACUUCAGGUUGGGAAGGAUCCACAUCAGAUUCUAAAGUCCUAUAUGAUGCAAUUAGUAAUGGACACAGUAGGCUUGCAGUGCCUGAGGUUAACUCCAUUACAUUAUUUUUCGUUCCUUCGGUUUGUACAAUAUUUGGUAGCGUAAUAUCUGGCUUUAUAAUAUACUCAUUGCACAAACAUGGAACCGGAAAAUACUACCUUGUAGAUGGUGGCUAUCCUACUAAGCAUGGUUUCAUAGGACCAUAUCGAAGAGUCCUGUUACCAUCUAAACGAAUUUAUUUCAGGCCCACGAGCUCCUCAAAAUCACAAGGAGUUAUUCAACAAGCGGCAUUUGACACUUAGAAAUGUGGUGGAGAGGACAUUUGGGCUUUGGAAGGCCAGAUUUCCUGUACUUAGGAAUCAAAUGCAGUAUCUUUUACGAACACAUGUUGAUGUAGUUAUUGCAUGUGCAAUAUUGCACAACUACAUCAUGAUGACACGAGGAGCCGAUAGCAGAAGAGAGCUGCGCUUUCGUAGGAGGGUUGAGAGUGAACUGGUAAUUGAUGGAGAUAAUGGUUUCUCGCAAUUGACUCAAGGGCAAGCUGAUCAUGAUGAUGGUGCUAGUCUGCGAGAUGCCAUGGCGACGCAGUUGUGGGAGUCCUACCUAAGUCGCUAGAAGUUAUUUGGCCCAUUUAUUAUCUUGCAAAGUAUAUUUGUGUUAAACUGACUUUUUAUUGAUUUCAAUUAUGUAUGUUUAAACUAUUACAGGUUAUUGUUGAGCUGUCGUGUUCAUUCAAUUGCAUUUUCAAAUAUGUAUGUUUCAAUUAUUACAGGUUAUUGUUGAACAUCAGUGGUGAAUGUAAGUAGUGCUCAAGUUAUUACA